ACUGUCGUUUACUUACUAUUUGGUUGUCCUCUCAUACUGGUAUGAAAGAAAUUAUUUGACUUUGGCAGUUGUGCAUUGUGAUGACUAUCUGUUUAAUUAGAUAAAUCGCAUGGGAAGCAGCUGGUGCUUUGACGAACAAACCGCAGGUUUAUCAUGCGAGAAGAAACUAGCUAAUGCUAACUAGCUACUCUUCACAGGUUUUUUUUUUAUAACAAACAUAGAAUUUAUUGCUUUUUUGUUGCACAUUUUUUAAAGUAAUGUGCUUAUUGCAGUGUACUGUUGUUAUUAAUUGUAAUAGAUAAACAUGUAUAUUGUGUUUGGUCCUUAUUUACGCUGUAUGUAUGUUUUUUGUUAAGUUUACUAUUCAGAUUCAUGUCUUUACACAGCCCUUCAUGAGAUACUGACUUUGCAUCAUCACAUUGAUACUGCGUCUUGAACAAGAUGCGUUAUCCUUUAGCAAAAUUAAGUGGCAAGUUGUUAAUGUGAGGGGGAAUAGUUUAAUUGCGCACAUAAUAGCUUUUGUUGGUCGGUCUGUUUUAUUUUUUUGUAUUGUUUCAUUGUCUACCCAAGCUAAAUAGCAGCUGUUAGGAUGCCAAAGAAGUUUCAGGGGGAAAACUCGAAGUCGGCCACCGCCAAAGCUCGCAAGGCUGAGGCUAAGGCGGUGGCGGAUGCCCGCAAAAAGCAGGAGGAAGAGGAUGCCCUGUGGCAGGAAACUGAUAAACAUGUGCUCAAAAAGGAGCAGAGAAAGGAUGACAAAGAGAAAAGAAGGUUGGAACUUCUUGAGAGGAAAAAGGAAAACCAGCGGCUUUUGGAUGAGGAGAAUGCAAGGAUUAGAGGAAAAAUGCUGAGGGAGGCUGCAGCUGCUGGAAAAGUGACUCGUGCCCAGAUUGAGGAGACACUGAAGAAUGACCAGCUGCAAGAGGAGGACAUCAAGCCAAAAGAAAAAAGCCACUUGGAGACUCCACUGGAAGAGAACAUCAACAGAGUUAUUGCGGAAGAAGGGGCAGUGGAAGCCAGAACAAUAGAGGAUGCAAUUGCUGUGCUCAGCACUGGGCCUGAAGACCUGGACCGUCACCCAGAGCGGAGGAUGAAAGCAGCGUUUUCCGUCUACGAGGAAGUGAACAUGCCUCGCCUAAAAAAGGAGAAUCCCAAUAUGAGGUUGUCGCAGUUGAAGCAGCAGUUGAAGAAGGAGUGGGCUAAAUCACCAGAGAACCCCUUAAACCAACGCUUUGCCACUUACAACACAAAGUGAAUUGGCUCCUUCUCCUCUCACAUUGAAAACUCGCUGCAUAUACGCCUUGGAGACCUUGUUGCGAAAUGUAAUUAUUCCUUUCAGAAAUGAGUUUUGCAGAUGAGAACUUCAUCAUAAAGCACCACAUUAACAAUCUCUUUUGUGCCAGAGGACUCAACUCCGUUGUUCCAUUCACAAGAAAGGAGGCUCUUAUUUUCUCCUAUUGAUUUAACAACUGAUAAUCUCUGCACAUGGCCUCACCAUCUAAUACAUCAAGUUGCAUUUUUUUGGUUUUUUAGCACUUCAUGGAAGAUGGGGGAUGCCAGAUGUUUUGAGAAUAAAUUAUUAAAGUUCACCACUCAGUC